AUGUCAAUUAAUUUUAUGAUGAUGAAAAAGAAGCAUUUUACUUUACUUUUAAUUAUUGUGUUGGUUUUGUUUAUUUCGAUUAGAUGCGCUUCGGCUCAAUCAACCGCUAAUAAUCCUCCAUUUAGUGUAUUUAAUAGUUUAACUAGUGCUAUAUCUAUACCUUUUCCACCUCCACCUGAUACAACUUCAACUGAUACAACUUCAACUGAUACAACUUCAACUGGUACAACUUCAACUGAUACAACUUCAACUGAUACAAAUAGUAGUUCGCUUCCAACUGAAAUAACUAGUAGUCCAACUCCACCUGAUACAACUCCAACUGAUACAACUAGUGGUUCAAUUCCAACUGGCACAACUAGUAGUCCAACUGAAACAGCUAGUAGUUCAACUAUAACUCCAUCUGUUGCACCUAGUAUUCAAACCAUACCAACCACCGCAUCAACUGUUCCUGCUUCUUCUUCUUCUAAAUCCGCCGGUAAUUCGCUUAAUAAUUCAAAUAUGUGGAAAGAUAAAUUAAAUCGUAUGAUUAUUUGUUUGUGGAUGAUUUGCGUUGCUUUUGUUUACGGAUUUUGA